UGCCUUUGAGCACUCGAACUCGCAGACCCAUCUAGUCAAGUUGAAUGAAGCCAAUAAGUCAAACGACAUCGUAUUGAACCCACUUUCAGAAACUCACCUGGCAUUUCGCAGCUUCGGUGGCGGCCUGAAAACAGACGGCCUAUCCUACAUCUCCAGAGGCAGUGCGGGUACAUCAUCUUGAUAACGAAUCGUUAACCGUUGGAUCCGUCUCUGAAAAUAAAAAUGGUGAAUCCGCCGAAGAAGCACUUCCUUCUCUUUUGUCUCUUCGCCCUAAUCUUCUACUCUUACUAUCACCAUUCCUCUCUCCCCAUCUCUUCAAAUCCCAAUCCCUCUUUAUCUCAAGACAUUGCCGUUUUUCCCAACCAUUUCUCCCAAGGCUUCUCUGUCAUCAUUAAACUACUUACUUUUAAUCGUCUUAACUCGCUCUCCCGCUGUCUCAAAUCGCUCGCCGCUGCCGAUUACCUAUCCGACACCGUCCAUCUCCACAUUUAUAUCGACCAUUUUCCCCUUCCUAUUAGUAAUCACUCCUCUGAAUCAACAGAUUUUUAUUUGGAGGAGUCUCGGCAGAUCUUGCGGUUUAUCGAUGGGUUUAAAUGGAAAUUUGGAGAAAAAAUUGUGCAAUACCGGACGGGAAACGUGGGACUCCAGGCUCAGUGGCUGGAGGCGUGGUGGCCUUCUUCGGAUCACGAGUUUGCGUUUGUUGUGGAGGAUGAUUUGGAGGUUUCUCCUCUCUUUUAUAAGUUUCUUCGGGGCUUGAUUGUCAAGUAUUAUUAUAAUUCAUCCAAUUUUAGUCAGUCAAUCUACGGAGCGUCGCUUCAGCGUCCGAGGUUUGUUCCAGGUAAACAUGGAAACAAGAUAGACCUUGAUAGUGGAACCCACCUUUUCUUGUAUCAGCUGGUUGGCACUUGGGGUCAGCUUCUCUUUCCAAAACCUUGGAAAGAAUUCAGGCUUUGGUAUGAUGAACACAAGACCAAGGGCAUCAAGCCAUUCCUUGAUGGAAUGGUGACAACAGGAUGGUACAAGAAGAUGGGAGAAAGAAUCUGGACUCCUUGGUUCAUAAAAUUUAUUCAUUCUCGUGGCUAUUUUAAUUUUUAUACCAAUUUCCAGAAUCAGAGAGCACUUAGUGUCUCUCACCGAGAUGCUGGUGUUAACUAUGGGAAAUCAGCUGGGCCAGAUUCCCAACUUUUGGAUGAAAGUUCUCUUGAUUUCAACUUUCUGGAUAUGCAACCUUUAAGUAAUCUAAAAUGGUAUGAUUUCUGUUUCAGAAAAGUGUUUCUUGAAAGAGUUGCAAGGAGCAUGGAUGAACUUGGCUCUGUUCUUCAUGCAGUCCAGAAACAAGAAACUGUUCUGCUGGUGAGCCUAUUUGGGGCAUCAGAAGUGGUUAUAAGGAACCUCCUCUGCCACUUUGAGAGGCUAAAUAUUUGGAACUACUUAUUAAUAGGCUCUCAUUCUGAUUUUCUUUUUGAUCUUGCAAGGAGGGGACAUGCUGUGGUUGAUGCAGAUGAAUUUCUGCACAAUAUCAGAGCAUACAAAUCCAUGAAUUUUCAAGAUUCCAAUGCAAGAUAUACUGAGGUUUUAGUGAAGGCUUAUGUUAUCAAGAAGUGUUUAGAAUAUAGGUACAAUUCUUGGAUAGUGAAUGGGAAUUUGCUUUUUGUCAAUAGUGAUUUGUUUCUUCAAUCCAUUGAUACCACUUCUGACUUCUUUGUUUCAAAGAGUUCGGAACUAGUUCACGUCAGGAGCUCAUCUGCUGUUCAGAAAAUCUGGACAGAUGCUUUUUUGUCUGAAAUUGCAAUUACGAUGGAUAAAAUUUCUUUGCCAAGAGAAUGCAGAAGUUUUGCAUGUAUUGUGACAAACUUGUUGGAACAGAAGCGUAGUGUGGCAAUUAAGACGAUUGAUGAAACAAACUUUGGCAGGGUUGAGGCUGAAAAUGCUAAUCAGUCAUCUUUAGAGGUUGGAAAGAAGAUUCUUUAUUGGUCUGCUGAACUGGGGUUGGAUGUAGUUCAAAAGAGGCUCAAAGAAUUGAGUAUGUGGAUUAUAGAUGGUGACUCAUCUUGCUUAGCCGUCUUUUGUCACCAAUCAUAGCAUCUAAUAGCUGCUAUUAUUUUCUAAACCCACUUAUGUUUGGAAAUCUUCAUUUAUACAUUAUAUUUGUAUCAAUUUUCUUCAGACAAUGUAAUGGGAACUGCAUGCCCAAAAAACAAGGAGGCUUUGAAGUCGGACACAUUGCAAACGCAGGCUCAAUAGGCUUGAGAUCAGAAUGCUUGUUUUCCUGCCCAUGCUGGUAAAGAAUUUUGUGAUUGAUUCAGAAAUUCGAGUAUUUUUGUUUGGUCUUGCAUACAAUGAGUGCAACUUCUCUGAAAGAGCUGGAGUGUUGGAGAUGUCGGUGUUUCUUGAGUAAUCUGGAAUACAUAACAUUCAAAUUUUCCACUAUUUGCAGAUCAAACACUGGUAAGUGCAACAUUCCUGAUUUAUGUGACUAUGAUCAGGAGAUAGUUUUGUGUUUUUUUUUUUUUGGUGUAUGGUACUUCCAUCAGUGGAGUUAUUUAAAAUGCUAUGAGAGGAAAAACCAGUCCAAAUUUCCCCUGUUGCAUUGAGCUAUAUAGUUCAACUAUGUGAUAACCAUGCAUCACUUGCACUGAUUUCUUUUGCUUUCA